AAUCCCUAGUAUAAAAAAAACAAAACAGCCCACACAGGCAGACUCCACUACCAGUCUUCAGAGCAAGUGUGCGCAGAGUGAAAACAGGAACAUGUGUAGCCGAAUCGAACAUCCUGCUGGUGGCUACAAGAAGAUAUUUGAGACGGUGGAGGAGCUUGCUGAGCCAUUGCCAGCUGUGGUUACAGGGGUAAUUCCUCCCUGGUUAAAGGGCAGUCUGCUUAGGCUCGGGCCUGGUCUCUUCGAGAUCGGCGAGGAGCGGUUCUAUCAUCUGUUUGACGGACAGGCCCUGUUUCACAAGUUUGAUUUUAAAAAUGGAGCAGUCACCUACCACCGAAAAUUUGUCCGAACUGAUGCCUAUGUGAGAGCAAUGACUGAGAACAGGAUUGUCAUCACUGAGUUUGGCACCUUUGCUUUCCCUGACCCUUGCAAGAACAUCUUUUCCAGGUUUUUCUCCUAUUUUAAAGGUGUGGAAGUGACAGACAACGCGCUGGUCAAUGUGUAUCCUGUAGGGGAAGAUUUCUAUGCCUGCACAGAAACCAACUACAUUACAAAAGUCAACCCAGAGACAUUGGAAACAAUCUCAAAGGUGGAUCUGUGCAACUAUGUCUCCAUCAAUGGAGUGACUGCUCACCCCCACAUUGAGAGCGAUGGCACUGUGUAUAAUAUUGGAAACUGUUUUGGGAAAGGCUGUUCAAUUGCCUACAAUCUGGUCAAGAUCCCACCCACCCAGAAAGACAAAGUGGAUCCACUGGAGAGGAUGAAGGUGGUCGUGCAGUUUCCCUGCAGUGACAGAUUCAAGCCCUCUUAUGUGCACAGUUUUGGAAUGUCAGAAAACUAUUUUGUGCUUGUGGAGACGCCGGUGAAGAUCAACCUGCUGAAGUUUUUGUCUGCGUGGAGUAUUCGAGGAGCCAACUACAUGGACUGCUUUGAAUCCAAUGAAACAAUGGGGACAUGGUUUCAUAUUGCUACCAAGAAAAGUGGAGAAUAUCAAAACAUUAAGUUUCGAACUUCAGCCAUUAAUGUUUUUCAUCACAUCAACACAUAUGAAGAAGAUGGGUUCCUCGUUGUGGAUCUGUGCACUUGGAAAGGGUUUGAAUUUGUGUAUAAUUACCUGUACCUUGCAAACUUAAAAGAGAACUGGGACGAGGUGAAGAAGAAUGCCAUGAUGGCUCCUCAGCCAGAAGUCAGAAGAUACGUUCUUCCUCUGGAUGUUGACCGGGUUGAACAGGGCAAGAACCUAAUCUGCUUGCCCUACACAACAGCCACUGCCACCAUGUGGGCUGACGGGACCGUAUGGCUGGAGCCAGAAGUCCUUUUCUCUGGACCUCGACAAGCUUUUGAAUUCCCACAGAUCAACUAUAAGAAAUUUUCCAUGAAGAACUACACUUAUGCAUAUGCACUGGGGCUGAACCACUUUAUUCCAGAUAGGAUUUGCAAACUGAAUGUCAAGACCAAGGAGACCUGGGUAUGGCAGGAGCCGGACUCGUACCCCUCAGAGCCCAUUUUUGUGGCCACUCCUGAUGCUGUAGAUGAGGACGAUGGGGUCAUAUUGACAGUAGUAGUGACUCCUGGUGCUGGGCAGAGACCAGCAUACCUUCUGGUUCUGAAUGCCAAGGACCUGACUGAAGUGGCCCGGGCUGAAGUGGAAACCAUUAUUCCUGUCACAUUUCAUGGAAUGUAUAAGCCAUAGGAAGUCAAAGAAACACAGAAGCUACAUUGGCAAUCAUGUGAGCUGGCUCCAGUAGCCAAAAACAUGUUCAUGUGUUACUGCUUCCUCAUGAUUUAAAGCAGAUUGUAAAAUAUUUCUAGUCUGUUCAACUACAAUUGAACCUGCAUGUGAAAGUGGUGGCAUAAGCCUGAACUUAGGGGACAUACACUUCAGAGUAGAGGGGCACUAUAGCCUAUAGCAGUCUAUCGGACCGAUUUAAAAUGACAACGAGUUAAAUGAAACCAUGCAUGCUAGUUAGAAUGGACUGUUUUGUACUGUGCAUUUUUCUGACAUAUAGGUAUUGUAAGAAAGCUAAAGGAAAAUGCUUCAGUUAUACUGCUGCAUAUAAAAGUAUAUACUGUAUAUAUUUGUUUUUGAACAAAACAUUUUAAAUGACUUGCAUUAAAUUUUACUUUUUAGAAUUGCAGUAUAAAAACAGCUUAAAUGUACUCUGUCAUCUUGUUUUAUUCAUCUUCUCUUGCCUGCCAUAUGUCUCAGUUUUGUAAGCUUCUUCCCAGAGCUGUUCAAAGGUAUCCUGUAACCCAAGUUACAAUAUUUUAGGUUAAACAGCAUUCUUUGUAUAGUACGGUGAUGUAUUUACAUUGAAAAUGUAGUGUUAGUAAAAAUGUAGCUCUUGGAUGAAUGUUGACCAUUCCAGAAACGUAACGCAAAUCAGUCUGUUUCAAGUUACAGCUAAAUUAAAUUGUCUUUAAAUUAA